GGAAAGGUAACAGUUGCCAACCACAUACAUCAUUGCCAACUAAUUACGGAAUACAUGAUGUGGUGCAGACACUUGCGGGGCAAAGUAUUCCAAACCCCUGGCCGGACCAACUUCGGUGUAUCUUCGCACGCGCGGCUUCGGCAUCAUCACCCCCAGAAAUUGGCCGGACUAAGACGGGCCGCACCGGAGCGCGCGCGGGGAAUGACCAAACAACAAGAACGCCAGGAUGAGCGACAGCUAGCAAGAGUGGCAGUGGCAGUGGCAAUGCCGGCAGUUGUUCGCGGUCUCUGGGUGAUUUCCGACCACGUAUUUAUUACACCAUCUUCUCGGCUGCAUAUACCGCCGCGACCUUCUAGCUUCGCUUGAGUCUGUUCGCGCAUUCUAGGAGACUCAACGAGAUCUUGGGAAUCCCCCUUCCCCCACCAUGUCCAUGCACAACGGCGCGGUAUACGGCGUGAAGGGAGCCGAUGGCAGUGGUGUUCAUAGCACCACGCCUUUGAACGCCAGUCAACCCUACCCAACAACAAGCGAAAGGACGCCCAAGGAAAGCAACCAUGAUCAUUGUGGCGUUGAGACCGACUUCUUGAUCGUCGGGUGUGGUCCGGCGGGAGCUUCGCUGGCAUGCUUCCUUGGCUCAUAUGGGCUGGAGGGGAUCAUGAUCGGCGCAGCACGAGGCACGGCCGACACGCCGCGGGCGCAUAUCAUGAAUAUGGCUGCACUAGAAUGUCUGAGAGACAUUGGACUGCAACGAGAUAUCGACCAGGUAUCCUCAAAGGGGAACUGCAUGAUCCAUACAAGGUGGUGUCACAGCAUGGCCGGCGAGGAAUAUGCGCGCAUCUACUCUUGGGGCAACGACCCUAAACGGAAAGGCGACUACGAAACAGCGAGCCCCUGCAAGCCGGCUGAUCUUCCACAAACUCUCCUCGAACCGGUCCUCAUCCGCAGAGCUACGCAGGCAGGGUUCCAAGUGCGCUUCAGCACGGCUCUGCUGUCCUUCACCGAGGACACAGGGACUAAACUAAUCACGGCGACAGUACAUGACAGGCUAUCGAAGCUCGAGUACAAGAUCCGCACCAAGUAUCUCUUUGGUGCUGAUGGGGCGCAGAGCCAGGUGGUGAAGGAGCUUAAUCUACCGCUCAUCCGGAAACCCGGACAGGGACUCGCCAUCAACGUGCUCGUCAAGGCCGACCUGUCCCACCUGGUCGACUCGCGCAAGGGAAACCUGCACUGGGUUAUGCAGCCGGAUUGCGAGCACCCAGAGUUCGGCUGGAUGUCCAUCGUCCGGAUGGUGAAGCCCUGGAACGAGUGGAUGUUCAUCCUCUUCCCCAACCGCGACUGCGACCCCAAGAUCCAGGCCACGCACGACGAGUAUCUGCAGCGCGUGCGCGAAUUCAUUGGCGAUGACACGCCGGCCGAGAUCCUGAAUGUCUCCAAGUGGUUUGUUAACGAGAUCGUUGCCGAGACGUAUUCAAGCGGCAACAACAUUUUCUGCCUCGGAGAUGCAGUCCAUCGCCACCCUCCGAUGAACGGUCUAGGAUCCAAUACCUGCAUCCAGGACGCGUUCAACCUGGCAUGGAAAGUGGCCUACGUGCAUCGCGGUCUAGCACCCUCUUCGCUGCUCGAAACCUACAGCAUGGAGCGCCAGCCCGUCGGCGAAAGCAUAGUCACGCAGGCCAACCAAGCCUUCCGCGACCACCUCCGCGCCUGGGAUGCGUUGGGCAUGCUGGGGGCCGACGUUUCGGAGCGGCGCCGGAUGCAUGGCGAGCUGUCGGAGGCUAGUCCCCAAGGGAAGAAGCGACGGGACGCUCUUCGGGAAGCCAUCCAGGGCACGGCGCACGAAUUCCACGGCCUCGGCAUUGAGAUGGGCCAGCACUAUUGCGGUGCGGCAAUCUACGCCGCCGACGAGCAAGAGCCGUUCGUCCCGCCGGGGCGCGCUGCCGAGGACCCGGUCCUCUACCACGAGCCCAACACAUAUCCGGGCUCCCGUCUGCCUCACGUGUGGCUCAACAGGGCCGUCCCGACCACGCCGACCUCGACCAUUGACAUCGCAGGUCAUGGCAAUUUCGUGCUCUUUACCGGCAUCGGCGGCGAGGCAUGGAAGGCGGCGGCUAACACGGUCUCGGCCGACAUGGGGUUGCCGCUGGAAGCGCACUCGAUCGGCUUCCGCCAGGACUGGGAAGACUUGUACUUCGACUGGGAGCGGGUGCGGGGCGUCGGCGAGUCGGGCGCCGUCCUUGUGCGGCCAGACCGGUUCGUUGCAUGGCGCAUCGGCGAGGUGCUCUCUACCCCUGACGCUUGCACCGCCCGGCUAGACCUGGUCAUGCGCUCCGUUCUGGGUUAUCGCAAGCAGCCACAAGCGAAACAAUGAUGUUAGGGUUGGGGAUCGGAAAGAUUGUUCAGAGUGGGAAGCCUCUUGGGUUAUGCUAUCAACGAUGCGAUUGCUUUUGAGUUCUCCACCUCACCAUGCG